AUUUAUGAGCAGCCAUCAUAUUCAUGGAUUCCGAAGUUAAAAUAGCAAGAUCCCAUUAUUAUUAGUUUUGAUCUCUUAGAAACUAGUUGUUUCUUUUUCAAAACCAUCCCAUUUCCAAAAUUAUUAAGCUAGAGAAGAAUUUUCUUUUUAUGCUGUUUCUGAACCUGGAAAUUUCAUGCUUGAGAGUAUCAUCUCCUCAUUUCAAUUCAAAUAUCUGCAUGUUUGGGUUGGUUCAAGAUGUCAUCAAUUGAUAGCAAUGGUGUGAAGUUUUUGAGGUGUGCUGCUGGAUUUUUUGAAUUUUCUUGAAUUUAAUAGUUUUUUUUUAAGAAAAAAUUUAUUGGCUUUAACAGAUUUUUUUAAAGAUUGUUCUGGAUUAGGUUUCAGAUAUCUGACCCCAUAUACAAUAUUCUCAAUAAAUAUUUACCGAAAAAUUAAUUAAAAAAAAAUUGGAGGAUUCAGGUAGUAUGCAGAUGGUAGUAAAGAUAUGAGGGCAGUUUAAAUUUCGUGGUUACCCCCUUUCAAAAGAAAAAAAUGUCACCGCCACCUCCACUAAACCCCAUUCACUCUCUCUUGCUACCUUUCUUCUUCUUCACAUUUUCAUUACCUGCCACUUCCCACACCUCCUCCUCCUCUUCUCCACCACUUUCCUCCUCCCUCUCUGAUUGGCAUUCUGCACAUGCCACAUACUAUGCUGCCUCCGACCCUCGCGACUCUGUUGGUGGUGCCUGUGGUUAUGGAGAUUUAGGGAAAGCAGGGUAUGGCCUGGCCACGGUGGGGCUCAGCGAGGCUUUGUUUGAGCGGGGCCAGAUCUGUGGUGCAUGCUUUGAGUUGCGGUGUGUGGAAGACCUGCGGUGGUGCAUCCCUGGCACUUCUGUCAUUGUGACGGUUACUAAUUUUUGUGCUCCCAAUUAUGGGUUCACUGCUGAUGGUGGAGGCCACUGUAACCCACCAAACAAACACUUCGUCCUUCCCAUCGAGUCCUAUGAGAAGAUAGCCAUCUGGAAGGCCGGUAACAUGCCUGUACAGUACCGGAGAAUCAAAUGCAGAAAGGAAGGAGGAAUUCGCUUUACUGUCUCUGGAGCUGGUAUCUUCAUUUCAGUGAUGAUCGGCAAUGUUGCAGGUGCAGGUGAUGUAACUGCGGUGAAGAUUAAAGGUUCAAGAACAGGUUGGCUUCAAAUGGGUAGAAACUGGGGCCAGAACUGGCAUAUCAAUGCUGAUUUAAAGAAUCAACCUCUCUCAUUUGAGGUCACUAGUAGUGAUGGAAUCACAAUUACCUCUUACAAUGUUGCUCCCAAGGAUUGGAGCUUUGGGCAGACUUUUGAAGGCAAGCAAUUUGAGACUUAGUGUAGCACCGUGAUGACAAAUCAUAUAGAUGAGGCCAUUCUUUUCUUUUCUGGUCACCAUUUUGCGAGCAUACUACGAUUGUUGUACUUGUAAUGUAAAACUAAACGUGCUAUAUGAUAAAAUCUGCAGCUUAUUGAGGUUGGA